ACUUGUAAUGUACACCACUUUUUGCGCUCGAUAUCGUUUUCGCCCGCAGUUUAUGACACGUGAUUGACGUGAGCCUCCUUCGUGUGCGUCGUGGUCUGUAUUGAACUACGUGAACUGCGAAUGUUGUUAAUGUUUCAUUUAAUGUUCGCCAUAUUGUCCGAGUCGUGGUAAAUCGGACCGAACUCUUGAAACGUAUCUUCAGCCGCAUCACUCACACGGAGCCUCGUUGGCCUCAUGACUCCGCCCAGGGCCUCGCGGUCAUAGGCGUCGAGCGAUCGCCUGCUCGGGCCAGCUGUCAAGAUGCCCUCGUGCAUUAAUACUCAUCACCACCGCCUGUCGUCCAAAUGCGCUCCAGCGUCCUCGACAGCCUGGCAGUCCCCCAACUCCGAGUGAGCGGUCGGUGGGGACGCUUUCCAGCCGAGGCCUUUUGGUAGGUCGAUGCCGAACUGUGACCGUCGACGACGGUUCAAGCCUCACGAACGUGUUACAUACUACGGCACGCUAUGGCAAGGAAAAAGAAAAAGCACCAAGAGGAUCCCACCGAAGGUGUGCCCGACUCGUCCGGUGAGGGUCCAGACAUCCCCGACGACGGGAGCGGCGCAGGGAAUGCCGCAGCUUGCGUCCAUGGCCGGGGGUCGGUCAACCUGCGACGUGUGCGGCAGUUGCUCCAGCGAUCUCCUCUGCGACUCGACGAGUGCGACGACUGCCAAGACGCGGGUUCCGACGACAUCUGGGUGUGCCUGCAGUGCGGUCACCGGGGAUGCGGUACCAAGUGGCCCGGACGGCAUGCUGUAUGCCACGCCGAGAGGACGUACUCGGACUCGCACGCGCUCGCACUCUCCUCUCAGUCCAUGGAACUCUGGUGCUACAAGUGCGACCGGACGGUGGAGGCCAGUUCGCAGGUGGUGCAGAUCGUCGGUGCCAUACGGAAGAAGUUGACGACCGGCACAAAGAAGUCUCCACAGUCAGCAUCUGCUCGGAACAGUUCCUCCAGCUCCACUGAGGAGCCUCGGCCAGUUGAGCAUGACCGGCCAACAGACGUCUCCAAGGUUGAGGUGGCCGUUGGGACCAAGGACGAACCGACUCUGGUGUCCAAGCCGGAGGUGACGACUGUUGCUGGCAAGUGGGUGACUGUCAAGGGUCUCAGCAACCUGGGCAACACGUGCUACUUUAAUGCGGUGAUGCAGUGUCUGUCCCAGACUCCUGCUCUGGAUGAACUGCUUGCCAAGCGGUGCAGUAAUGAUCUGCACUGCACCUUCGAGCCUUCCAUUGCUCCAGCAGCCGAAGGAGAUCUGGGCCCCCUGGAAGUCAAACUCCCGGGGCCAGGAUUCCUGACAAGUGCCUUGGCCCUGUUUCUGCGGGAGAUGCGGCAGGGCGUGCCUCGGCCCGGGCAGCUCUUCUCUCGGCUGUGCCAGGCGGCCCCACAGUUUCGAGGGCACCACCAGCACGACAGCCACGAGUUACUGCGCCACCUGUUGGAAGGCGUCAGGUCGGAGGAGGUCAAGCGUCACAUGCAGGCUGUCCUGAAUGCCUUUGGACUCAGCUCCAAGGUGAACCCCAGACAGGUGGGAACAGACACCAAGGCCAAAGUGCAAGCUUACAAAAAGGCCGUCUCCCGUGUCGCACUGGAUGACAUAUUUGGUGGCCUGCUGCUCAGCACCCUUAUCUGUCAGCAAUGUGGGCAGGUCUCCCGGCGAGAGGACCCCUUCCAAGACCUCUCCCUGCCCAUCCCGGAGGACAAGGCUCCUCGGAACGUGCAUGCCGGCCACGGCAAGCGGGCCAAGGGCAAGCUGGGAGGCAGGGCCGCGACGGGCAGGGCGGGGGCCCUGAGCGGGGGAGGGGCGGCCGACCCGACCGAGGCAGACGAGGAGGACAACGUCAGCCCGGACCUGGCGUCGCAGGUGGAGGUGCUGCACCUGGAGGAGGCACCUGGGGGCGUCAGGGAACCUCCCGAGGGCUCCCUGGACGCCUGCCUGCGCAGCUUCACGGCACCCGAGCUGCUGGCGGGUGCCAACGGUCUGCACUGCGAAGGCUGCGGCGUCGCUCGUGCGGCGGCCAGCCUGCAACUGCAGGUGCUCCAACCACCGAGGGUGUUGACGCUGCACCUCAAACGCUUCCAGCAGGGAUCGUCCCUGCGUAAGGUGCAGCGCCAUGUGGCCUUCCCCGUCGAGCUGGACCUGGGGCCCUACUGCAGUGGCCAGGCUGAGGGCUGCAAGAGCUACACGCUGUACGGAGUUGUGGAGCACUCGGGACGCAUGACUGGAGGUCACUACGUGGCCUACGUUCGGGGUGCCGGCGGGGGAUGGUUCUACGCAAGCGACGGCCGCGUGGCGCCGGCUCCCCAGCGGAAGGUGCUGGCCAGCCAGGCCUACCUCCUCUUCUACGGUCGCACGGACACGUUGUGUCAAUAAAGAGACAAUUUGCUACUGCAAAA